AUGUUACAGAAGGAGAUCUUGAAGGACAUCGCCAAAAAUCUUGCACUCCCAGAUCCAGCAAGAAGAUUUGAAGAUGCUACUUAUGAAUAUGCAAAUGCAUUGAAGUUUCAUUCCCCAACUUCACAAGAAAUUACCCAUAAUAUUUUCGGAAUUCCAGGAUAUUCUUCAUUACAAAGGCAUUUCCGCAAAAAAACGGCAGGUAUUAAGGCCGCACUAGAAGAAGCAGACAUUAUGAAGCUUAUUGAGCUUCUUUCUUUUCCUACAAAUGUAAAUGGUGAAAAAAUAUAUGGAACUAUAGCUAUUGAUGCUGUUAAAGUUGAUGAAUGGCCACCAAAUGUCAACAAACAAGUAUUUAACAAUAUAUUUGCGUUUUAUUUCAUGCCUCUGAACUGUGAUGCAAAAAAGAUACUUGUUGCAACUGUUCCAUAUUUUCAUGGAAAGUGUACUGAAGAAAUCAGACAAGAUGUAGAUAAAGUUCUAGAAAGUCUUAAGAAAGUAUUCAUUAUUCCAUAUGUCUGCACCGAUGGAGAUUCUGGUUAUCGUGAUUUUCAAAAGAAAACUUUCGAAGAACUUCCGCUUGAAGAUUUUGCUGAGUGUUUACGUGUUGUCGAAAGUAAAAUUAAUGCAGGAGAAACGUUUUUUAUAACAGACGUAAUACAUUACGCAAAAAAUAGGCGUACAAUGUUGAUUUUUUACAAUGGAGUCCUUGUUAUGUCUCCAAUUGAUGAUACGUAUGUCAUUAGUAUCGAAUCAAUCCUCUCAUGCUAUGAUUGUGGCGAUGCACUUCAUGACUUUGGAAAAAAUGCUUCAAUGAAUGAUGAAUAUCCGAUAGCAUUAUUUUCCAUUCCUGUUAUGGCUUCCUGUUUCUUUGGCGGUAAGUAUGGAGAAGGAAUUUACUUGGCAUCAGUUGCAUUUUGGCUCGAAGCGAUCCGCAAUCCGUGUCUCGAUCAAGCAUCUCGCUUAUGUAUGCUGAGAAUUGCAUAUUUAAUCAACUUGAAGUAUUACAAAUUUCUCGUUGAAAAUCAACUUCCAAAUGGAACUAGGCAUGCCGGAAGAAAAAGAGCAAACGGAAAAAGAUAUUUCUUUGCUCCAGUUGAAGCAUUGGAAAGAGCUUUGCAAAGUAUUCUGGUUUUAUACUACGAACUCGCAAGGAAUCCCAAUUUGAACUUUAGCAGAAUGACGACCAUGAGCCUAGAACACUUAUUUGGCUUAAUCCGUCUAGCUUGCUGCCAUCGUGAUACUCAUGAUAUGAUGUUGUCCAAAUUUGCGGAACUCUUAUUGAUGCAAUGCACCUACAAGAAUUCAAUGUUUCACAUGAGAAAGACCAACUUUGGAUCCUAA